ACAUCUUUCAGCUGCUCCAUCUCACCCUAUCCCUGGGAUCUUCCUUUGUGUCACCAACUGCCUGCAUGUCCUCCUACACUACAUCCAUGACUCUUCUCUGAGGUCUUCCUCUUUUCCUCCUCCCUGGCAGCUCCAUCUUCAACAUCCUUUCUCCUCCUUUGCACAUGUCCAAACCACCUCAUGCUCGUGUCUCUAACUUCUUCUCCUUCUGAUGUUUUUAUUUCUAAGUCUUUCCAUCCUGGUCACUCCAAACAAAAAUAAAACCUGGAUAAUAUUUAGUAUUUAUGAAUAGAUUUGGUAAAUGUUAAGUGUUUUUCACACGUGGACUUUGGUGGGCUGCCCAGAGGGAUGAAGAAAGUUUACCUAUAAAACCCGAGUCAGAGGUAAAGGGGUGUCACAAGGGCAGUUAUCGACUUUCUCUGCUAAACUAGACUUUGUCCUUGAGGCUCUGAGUGCGCUCUCAUAAAAAGGGGCCUUUCACACAUUACAGGAAUAUUCUUCUACACAAGAUGAUCUGUUAUGAUUCCAGCAUGUUCCAAGCUAGCACACCCUUCAGGUGUGUUUUGAGAUUUAUUUUUAUUGUUUUAUCAAUUUCAGACAGCAUCUCAGUCAGUUCACUAUCACGUAUUCCCGUAUGCUCUUAUUUUGAAAGUUGAUUCACUGUUGACAAACUUGCAUCGGCCCUUCCUGUCUCCCGUUUUUCCAACAAUAGGCUGAUCAGAGCGCUUUUGCUGUGAUUCCCAGACUCUGAUCCUGUGGUCAGAGUGACUUUGACUUCACCGUCUUGGGUGAUGUUAGUCCUUGUUCUGCUCUUUGAGAUGGAGCUGCUCCCUAACCAGGAUGUGAUGCAGGUGGAGGAUUGGUUCAUGAGCUGCCACGCCGAGCAGAAUGAGGACUCCAGUCACAAACCAAUAUUUACUGUCAGGAAAUACUGUGUAUAUGACGUCUUCCAAGCAGUCGACCGUUCAAAGCGGAGGUGCAGGAAAAGCAUCGUCAUCCUCGGUCAUGGCUGGAAACAAAAACUGGGAUGGCGCCGGCGGGAUGGACCAGAUAACAGUCGUGAAAAUAGACGACACUCACAUCGCUGAAGAGGAGUCGCAUGUCGACGGGAGGGUGUUCUACGAGGUGGAGUGCACGGUGCCUGCGGAGGACGAGGUCGUGGGAGAGGAUGACGAUGACGGCGUCUACGUCAUCGAGUAUUCAAACCCUGAAGAAGAGGGAGAGAGUUACCAGUUCACGAUGUCCGUAGAUCGGUCGCUCCCAGCGAAAGAGCCGAUUGUUAAAACUCCGGUGGUCAGCGAGAACCCCGGAGCUCUACUGCCAUCCAGACCGGCGAGGUUGCGACCUCAGGUGAGCCAGAAGAGGAGGAUGGUAGCCGAGGAAGAGGAGAUCAAAAGCGAGGAGUUGGUGGUGAGCAAUAAGAGCGUGCUGGCGCUGGGAGAGGAUUACAGCGACGUGAUGGAGAUGAACUCGGGCUCAGGUAAAAAACUGGUGUGCACGAUGUGCCCGCCGCCCGGCAAGUUUUUCAAGAGGGGGUCUGGGCUGGCGGUGCAUUUAAAGCAGAUGCACCGCAUGGAGGGGAAGAAGACGUACUUCUGCACCUCCUGCCAGCAGUGGCUCCGCACUCAGACCGAGCUGGACGCGCACACGAGGCGCCACGCUAACCAGGACGCCGUGUUCGUCUGCCCCCUCUGCGCAGCUGAGGAGGAAGCCGGCACGGAGGAGAAGAAGGGGUUCAACGGGUCCAGGUGGGGCCUGAGGAAGCACCUGGAGAAGGAGCAUCCGGGUGUUAUCCCGCACUGUGACAUCUGCAACAAAGGCUUCAAGACGGUCGUGUCGUACCUCGCCGACCAGUUCCGGCACGUUGGGGUGACGCCGUACUACUGCGCCAAGUGUCAGAUCUUCGAAAUGACUGAGCGGGGUCUGAGUGUGCACAUCAGAAACCACAACAAGAAGAUGACUGAGCAGAAGGCUCAUGAAAGCCGCCUGCAGACUUUUGAAGUCUCCGCCGGUGCUGAUAACUCGGCGACAGACGACUCCGACUUCUGACGCUCCAGACUCACCGUUUAGCUUCGUGUUCGAGUGACGCAGUAGCAGCUCAUGGACCUCGUCUGCGUCAAAUCCCACAUUUUAUGCAUCUGAACUGAACUUUGGGCAAAAAAACUUUUCCCCUAACAGUUAGAAAACCUUUUUUGUGUGUGUGCAGUUAAUGACCAAACAUGUUACUGCUUAAGUAGAAGUGUCUGAGAGUUAUUUGAAUUCCCUUCCUUUAUUUUCAAGUAGGGAUAAUCGUAGUUGAUGAAACAGGACAAAAAACUUGUCUCAGAGAAAAACGUCCAGAAAACGGUCAGAGUCAGCACACGCGUCCAUAUAACUACUGUGUGUGUGUUUAAAAGACAUUUUACACAUUUAAUCACAGUCUUCAGUAACCAUCUUUUUUAAAUGUUGCUGAUAAAGGUGGCGCACACACACACACAGUCAGAUUAGUCUUCUUACCUUGCAGGUUAACCCGUAAUGAUCACAGCUGUGAUUCUAUCAGAAGUGACUUCCUGGGUCGCCUCGAGUCUGUUUUUAAAAGAAAGAUAAGCAGCACAGAGCAGGCGAUUAGGUCAGGAAGUCAGAGACAGCAACAGCAUAAAGAAUUUGAUACAUUUUCAAAAUAAAAGAUCCUUUGAAGACUAAACGCUUGUUUGUGAAACACUCCCGGUCUAAAAGGUGGAUCAAAACUUCACCAAAGAGAAGCAGCCGGUGUGUUUCAGGGUUAAGUUUGCACGCCCGCGCUCAAGCGCUCAUUUUCUCAACCUUUCAAAUGUUAUUUUAAACUCAUCCUGUCAUAACUGUACUUUUUAUGUUACAGGAGGUGAAAAUCAUUCGAAUAUGAGCUGAGUUUGCUGCAUAAACACUGAAAGGAGAUGCAAUGAGCUGUUUUAUGAAGCAAUUUAAUUUUUUUUCUUUUUAAUUGAAAUGCAGUGUUUGAAAUUGCAGGUUUGCUGUGUUAAUUUUUUGCUUUUUUGUUCUUUGCUGUGGUGAUUUUGUUUUUUCCUGCAACAUUGCAUUAAAGGGAAAUGCCACUGA